UAGCCGUAGGUCAACAGUCAUCGUACGUGCAUUAACGGGUUUUCAAGCGACAGUCAAAGAGUUGUUGAUUUUGGAUAUCGGCAUGUCAAAGGUGAAUGUACUUGAUGUACAUCAGACCAGGACAUGACCAACAAGAGGACAGUUUUGCACUAACAAACCUUGAACAAAUGUCUGAAGAUGGCUACUUCUCAUUCAGAUGAUGAGGUUCAGAGGCUUGGAGCUCGUAACCAAGCUCUCUCUGAAGAACUGGCACAAUGCCAAGCUGAUAAAGAGUUUGUAUGGUCGCUAUGGAAACGCGUUCAGGUGGCCAAUCCUGAUAUAUCACAGGCAAUCAGCAUGGUGGUUCAAAGGGAGAAGGAGAAAGCUGAAUUAAAAGAUAGGAAGGUUCUUGAGAUACUGCAUUCUAAAGAUGACAGGAUAGCUGAACUUGAGCAGCUUGUAUCUAAGCAGGAAAGAAGGCUUGUAGAAGUAGCUGAAAGAGUUGGCGAUGCAUCGUUUAACAGAAGAGAAGAAUUAACAGCAGUACACAUACAACAUGAACAGCAAACAAAAGAUACAAAGCAGAAGGAGAAGGAGCAGGCACACAGAAUGCAAACUCUGUUGGAUGAGAAGGACAAAGCUUUGACAGAGCUGAAUGCAGAGAAAGAAGAACUGGAGCAUCGGGUAGCAGAGCUGCAGUCAACAGUAGAGGAAUCACAGGCAGCACUUGCUAAGAUGCAGGAGCUGAAUGGAGAGUAUAAAGCUAAGGUUCAGGAGUUGCAGCAUGGCUUAGAGGAUGUAGUUCAGAAGGCAAGACUGGCAUCUGAUGAGCUUGACAGCAAGAAUGAAGGUCUCCAGAGAGCCAAAGCCAGACUUCAAGAGUUGACCAAAGAGAUGAUGGACAGUGGUCAUGACCUUCAUCGGACAAGGCUGGAGUAUGAGGACCUGAAGGCCCAACAUGAACAGACCUUACAUCAGGCUGCCCAACAAGCACAGCUCAUACACCAGCUACAAGCCCUACAGGCGGAUACACACAAAGUUUUGAAAAAUCAGGAGAGUGCUCAUUCCCUCGAUUCAACAAAUUUCCAGAAGAUGUAUCAUGAACUCAGAAUAAAAUUUGAAAAGCUUGUCCACUCUGAAAAGGAACUCAAGCAGCGAUUGGCUGAGGCAGAGGGUCAGGUGACCACCAAGCGACCAAUGAGAAGUGUUUCCCUGCAGGUCAAUCUAAAGGAGAGUUCGGGUCAAAGGUCAAGGUCAAGAACAAGGUCGAGGUCACAAGAGGUUUUGAGAAUGGAACAGAGAGAAGAAUGGACAACCAUCGCAGGCACUCAUCAAAGGGGGUCAUAUGAAAGUUCAUCCAGCCCUGAUCAGCAUACAAGGGCAGACAGAGCUACAUCAACCCCUACCAAGCAUGCAGCGCGCCGAGCCCGGUCUCUUUCUCCGUCAGGGAGCCGACGUGACUCCCACCACCAGGAGCCGGAUGGAGCCUGGAGCCAGGGGAGAAUAUCUGAUUUCUUGGACGCCUCUGAAAGGCAAAGAGGAGGAGGGAGAGAUGCUCGUAAGAAGGAGGACUUGAGGAAGCUUCUAAGACUCAAGAACCAAGAGGUGGAAGAGUUGCGGAAAGCCCACGGUCGUCGAUUGGAGCGACUCCGUACUCUGCAAUCUGCUUAUGAUGUUGUCAAGGAACAGAUUAAAACCUAUGAACAGCAUGAAAGUGGUAAAGAGAAGAAGAAGAAGAGGCUACCUAGAUCUGAGAGCAAGGAUCUUAGAAGAGAGGAUUCUGAUGGUGUUUGGAAUGACCUUGCCUACUACAAACAACAGACCACAAACCUCAUGCAAGAAAAGAUGAAUAUUGAGGAAGAGAUUGAUAGACUUCGAGUCCAGGCCACAGUGGAUGCCUCUACUAUAGAAGAUCUAACCAGAUGUCUGGAAGAUGAGAAAAAUGGUCUAGAGAGUCAUCUAGCUAGACUUCAAGCUGCCAAUAAAAGAGAGGAGAGGGAGAAAGCUAGGGCUGAAGAUCUCUUUGAUAAGAACACGAGACUACAUAACUCUCUUCAUAGUCUACAGAACACACAGAGUGAGUGGGCCGAAGAGAGAGACAGACUAGAAAGACAACUCAGAUCGAUGAGGGCAGAUCUAGUACAGGCCAAUACCGCAUCAACUCGCAAGGAGGUUGAGCAUCAAGCGCUGGUAGAAGAAAUCACCAAACUCAAGACGAGGAUGAAGAGAUUGGCCACCACCAUGAGACGGGAGGCAGAUAGAGAAAGACAGACUCCUCAAAUAGGGGAUGAGGACCGUGGACCUGGAGUUCAUGUGAUUGUGCAUAAAGAAGACGGAGAUGACGAUGAUGAUGAUGAUAGCCAGACAGAUGGAGAGGCUGACGGGGAAGAUGAUGGGGACCAUCAAGAUCGCGACUUCUACCACUCUACACCACUCAAGUCCUCCGCCCGAAGAUCCCGGAGUCUAUCCCCGGCCAAGAAUCUCUUUGGCUCUCCUCCCAGACCAAGAAGCAGAUCCAGGACCAGUUCUCAACACUCUACCAGACUGGAUGGUAGUACCAGGACCAGCAUGUCACAUCACUCGAGCAGGUCUCGAAGUCUAGGAGCCAGUGGCAUUAGUCCAUCUAGGCGGGAACUCAUGGCGGUCCUACACCAUCUAGACCGGAUGGCCCAUGCCUAUCAAGAUAUCCCGCCUGUCUUUCAGACUCUGCUCAUGUCAGUUGCUACACAAACAGAGAGAGUUGCGAUUGCAGAGAGUGGUAUCAUGACUGAAACAGAAGGAAGUGACAGCGGCUCCACGCUGUCAACAGAGGGAGCAAUAUUCCCUGGUAUUCAACCCAUCUCACCGAUUUCUUCAAGGAGAGACACUGCAACAUCGCCCAUCAAGAGCUUGAGUAUCUCCAGUCAGACAGGAAGCAAGAAAGCAGCAAGCAGAACCAGAGGAUCUAGUCCAGGACCCGUUGGAGUGAAUGUUUUAAAGACGAGACUGGGUGCUCUACAACAACAGGUUGCGUCUCUUCAGGAGCAGAGACGUAUGUUACAGAAGGCUGCUGUAGAGUACAAGGAAACCAAUGAUGCUCUGCAGUCAGACUUGAAUCUUGCCAAUGGUAGACACCAGAAUUCUAAAAUAACUAUCCAGAGACUAACACAUGAUCUGGGCGAAGCUAGGAAGGAGAAGGACCUGCUGCAAGUUGAAAACCAGGAACUAACCAAGCAGAGAACAGAUAAACAUUCUGAUUCCGAGUGGAAAAGCUCUGAGGCUCGUCUCAAGUAUCAGGCUAGCGAGAUUGUGAGACAAGGAAGUGUAAUCAAGGCCAUGAAAACAGAGAAAGAAACACUCCAUGAAACCAUCAAGAGUUUGGAAAGCAAAAUUCAACAUCUUGAUCGUGACCUGAGUCAGAAGAGGUCACUGAUCGAUGACCUCCGAGGGAGAGCCAGGUCGGCGGGUACUAGCGAUAAGAUGCAUGCAGAGACAGUGGGAUCACUCAUAGGAUGGCAACAAAAUGUUGCAUUCUCAUACUCAACAACGAGGUUCAAUUUACUUUAA